AUGGUGUGUGCUCAAGCAAUCACUCAAUCUGAGGGAAUGCCGAAGUGUUGCAUGUUCUCACUGAGCCCAAAGAUUAUGCCUAACAGCAUCCUCAAGGCCCUGCUCUGGAUCUACCUCCGACCAGUAGAGGAGCCAACCACAGUCUUUAUCCAGAUAUCUCACCUUAAGUCUUUGUCUGAAGGGAACAACCACUCAAGAAUACGUGCACAAAAAAUUGAUGUGAACGCCCGGACAAACUCCUGGCAGCACAUCGACAUGAAGCAGCUAUUGCAGUUGUGGCUCAAACAGCCUGAGAGUAACUUCGGGAUAGAAAUCAAGGCCUUUGAUGCAAAUGGAAACGAUCUGGCUGUGACCUCCGCAGAAUCUGGAGAAGAAGGACUGCAACCCUUCCUGGAGGUGAAAAUAUCGGACACUGGCAAACGGUCCAGACGGGACACCGGCCUCGAUUGCGAUGAGCAUUCCACUGAGUCACGUUGCUGCCGGUAUCCACUCACCGUUGACUUUGAGGAAUUUGGUUGGGACUGGAUAAUUGCCCCCAAGCGCUACAAGGCCAAUUAUUGCUCCGGUGAAUGUGUGCAGAAGUACCCCCAUAGUCACAUCGUCAACAAGGCCAACCCUCGGGGCAGCGCAGGCCCCUGCUGCACACCCACCAAGAUGUCGCCAAUAAAUAUGCUGUACUUCAAUGACCGUGAGCAGAUAAUCUACGGAAAAAUCCCUUCAAUGGUUGUAGACCUUUGUGGCUGCUCUUGAGCCAGAGAGCUUCUCGAGUCGCUACGACAGCAAGCCCUAACUGCUCUGGACCAGAGGGAAGUGAAAACAACCUUUACCUUGUCCCUGACAAAAUAGUUCCUGCUAAAACAAUUGACCACACCAGGAUC